AUGAAUCAACAAGAUUGUAUUACACAAAUAAAAGGAAUUCAAGAUUAUCAAAUGAAUAUACAAUAUUGGUCUGAUAUUGGUUUAAAUUUUUUUCUGUGUAAUGAAAAUGAUGAUCAAAAACAAAUUUAUCAAGGUAGAGGAUGGAAAAAUAUUGGUGCAUAUUGUCUUGGUUAUAAUUUUAAUUUAUUGGAUAAGAAUAGAUUUCUCUUUUAA